AUGCAACGUCCUUCUCGUUGGUCAAGAUCCAAAGCAUUAUUAACUGAGUUAACUUUACAGACUUCACAAACUGAUCUUUUAACAUCGAUCAAAGAGAUGCCCAAAGAAGACGUGAACAUGUUGCGCAUUGUCACACUGUUUUUCGGUACACAUCGAUUAUUCUCUCGAUCACAAAGUCAUAUUAAAAUCGACGAAUUCAAUGACCUUGAUGAAUGCAUUCGGUCAAUUACAACUGAAACUUCCAUUAAUUUUUUUCUAAUAAUUUCUAUCGAUGGAUCUGAUGAUAUGUACUCAUUAUUUGAAUUGGAUAAUAUUCAUGCAGUUUAUAUCAUUUCCAAUGGUGACUAUGAUGAACAAAUCGAAACAAUAUCAAUACAUCCUAAAGUUAGCGGUGUUUUUGGUUUAGAUGAAGAUUUACUCGAACAACUAACAAGAGAUAUUUGUUUUUAUCGACAUAUGCGAGUUUGUACACCGACAAUGAAUAUCUUUCAGAUUGAAUCCAAUAUUAUUGAUAAUCCUGAUGAACAACAAAUCAACUUUCUCUGUUUUCAAUUAUUUAGUGACAUUCUUCCAGAACUACCAACACAGUUAGGUGCAACUGCUGAACAGAAAGCUGAACAUAUUAGUCGAUUCCUUUCUCUUCUUAUUGAUGCAAACAUGAAUAUUAAUCAUCUUUUCAAACAAUUCGAUAGUUCCACAUUGCACAAAUCUGUAUCACAUUUACAAGAGUUCAAUCAACGCGUAAUGGCUCCGACAAACACCUCCGAUUCAUCUUCUAUUACCGUCUAUCGAGCUCAACUAGUAUCGAAGAAAGAUUUAGAAAUAAUACAAACAAGCCCACAGGCUCUUCUUUCUAUACCAACAUUCAUUUUGGCUUCGCGAUCUUUUCGUACAAUAGCUAGUAUUUGUCGUCGAGCAGCGGACAAUCAACUUACGGUUAUCCUGUUCGAGCUAAACUUAUCCGAGGAUGUACCGAGAACAGAAUUGAAUGUAGAUAUGAUUGUUUUUGGUCUUGGAACACUCUUUCGAUUCGUUUCCACUGAGUCAACACCUGAUGGUGUUUGGCGAACUCAACUCGAAUCAGCUGAUAGAGCAAUGCAACGUAUUAAAGAUCAAUUGAAGUUAGAAGUUGGUGGUCAUCUCACUUGGUUAACAUUCGGGAAUUAUUUGGCUGCUCUAAAACGAUUCGAUGCUGCUGAAGAAUACUAUAAAUACCUUUUGCAAGUACUACCAACUGAUCAUUCAAGUCUUGCAUCAAUCUACAAUAAUAUGGGUUUGAUGUAUUCAAUGAAGGAGAAUGAUCAAGAGGCAUUAAAGUGGCUUGAAAAGGCAUUGAAAUUGAAAGUUACAGAUUCGUCAACAACAGUUACACAGAAAAAGCCGUCAAUGGAAGAUGAAUCACCACUUCAACAUACUUCCAUCGACAGACUGACCAUACUAAGCAAAUUGGCUGACUUGAACAAUCGUCAAGAAAAUCAUUCAGAAGCAUUGAACUAUUAUCGUCAAGCAUUAGAAAUUUCUACCGAUGUUUCUUUGCGUUUGUUUUUUCAAGCUAAAAUUGAAACUAUCUUACUUUCUCAUAAUAAUUCCUAA